AUGCUGCACAUUCUAGAGAAGGAGCAUGGUCCACGUUAUCUUCUUGAUGCAAAUGGGGUUGAUCCGUUCACACAGAGGCCGUUUUCAGACAUGAUGAAGGAUGCACACUCAAGAAAGCAUGAUUAUUACCUUGCAAGAGUACAAUGCAAGAGCACGGCAAGCGAUGCAAAAGCACCAUACUAUUGCUACGAUGCCAGGCAGCUCUGCAAGUAUGUCUUUGAAAUGGUCAUAUCUACUGAGGGAAGGCAGAUCAGGAUCAAAAACUUCCAGGAUCCUAUUAAUAACGAGCAUAUCAACGAAAUCAGUUUCUUUCUGCUCAAGUACGAUUCAGACACUCCGCUGCGUGCAGAGUAUGUGGGUGAUCAUGAAAAGUUUCUGAGCAACAAUAGCUUCCGCAGUAGAAUCUUCUACCAAAGCGGCGUUGCUGAAGAGCUGCCCGUCAACUUUCAGUUCACCCCAAAGGAAAUACCCAUUAUCAACAAGCGAAGAUUCCUUUCAAUAAUCAUAAUGGUUAUUAUUCUUCUUGUGGUGGCAACUUUACUCUUUGUAUUCACUGAAAAAGGUGUCAUGAAGCCUUACCAAUUGCAUCACUCGAUCAAUGGAAAGCAUUACAUCUAA